AAUUUAUUUACAAAGACUAAAGAGAACGAGUUGUUUUUAUGGGGAAAAACGUAUUAGUGCUCUUUUUAUCAAGUCCAAUAAGAUAUUUGUUUUAUCGCAAUUGCUUUUUUUGGCUAGUGACAUUAGGUGUCAGGUUGGAUCAGGUUGGCAAUGCCGCGAAUUCCCUAAAUGGGGUGUGUGUGUUGAUGAGCAAUCGGCAGUGUUGUGUGGGGGCCUCAAGACGUCCAAACUAACCUCACACCAUGAUGUCCAUCUUCAAGCGCCGUACCAGGCCGCGGGACGACGCCCCCUCUGCCGUGGCAGUGAUCAGCGAGCCCACGAACGUCAACCACGACAUCCACGUGAGUAUCAACGCUCACGGGGAGCUCGAGGGGCUGCCGUCGGCGUGGCUGCGCCAGAUCGGGACCCAAAUCACCAGAGAUGAGCAAGUCAACAACCCUCUGGCCGUCAAGCAGGCCGUCAAAUACUACAACUACUCGAUCAAGAAGCAGGAGAAGGGCGAAAUCAAGCACAUCAUCACGGAGCCCCUCAUCGACGAGGAAACGAAGGAAAUCGACAAGUAUAUGAAUUCGAAGGAUGCGCACAAAAGCAAAGACGGGAAUUUGGACGACGAGGGAAACGAGGAACCAAUUUAUGCAAACACACUAAACCGUCCGGAAUCCGUACCAGUGAUCCCUCCAAAAAACCCCCCGACAAACUUAAAAAAAGCACCAAAAAUCCCCCAACUCGACUGUCUCACCAUCGACGACACCUGCGAACUCCGUCACAAAACCUCCUCCGAGGACUCCUCCGACGACGACUUCCUCCGCCGUCGCAGUCGUCUCACCGACGAAGACUACAUUCGCGAAUUGAAAAAACUCUGCAAUCCGGGCGACCCCAACGACUUCUACAUUCGCAGUAAUCGCGAUUUGGGCACCGGCGCCAUGGGCGUCGUCUAUGCCGCCACCGACCUCCAAACCGGCCUCCCAGUCGCCAUCAAAGACAUCGACAUGACCAAACAGCAACGCAAAGAACUCCUCCUCAGCGAAAUUGCAAUAAUGAAAAAUUUCCGACAUAAAAAUCUCGUUAAUUUCUUAGACGCAUUUGUGAUGUACGAUGACCAUUUGUGGGUGGUGAUGGAGUUGCUGGAUGGGGGCCCCCUUACCGAUGUCGUCACCGAAACGGUGAUGAAAGAGGGGCAAAUCGCCGCCGUGUGUCACGAAGUUCUCCAAGCCAUCGAUUACCUCCAUUCCAGAGGGACCAUCCAUCGUGAUAUCAAGUCUGAUAACGUCCUCCUUGGUAUGGAUGGUACCGUCAAGGUCACCGAUUUUGGUUUUUGUGCGAAUGUAGUAGGCAAUGAGCAACGGGAAACAAUGGUCGGGACGCCAUAUUGGAUGGCACCGGAAGUGGUAACGCGACAAAAAUACGGCAAAAAAGUUGAUAUAUGGUCGUUGGGUAUAAUGAUUGUCGAAAUGCUUGACGGAGAACCCCCGUAUUUACGGGAACCGCCUUUAAGGGCGUUGUAUUUGAUAACGGCCAAUGGUAGGCCGAAGAUUGUGAGGUGGGGACAAUUGAGUCAGAAUUUACAGGAUUUUAUUGAUAAGUGUUUGCAAGUCGAUGUGGAUCAGAGGGCGACGGCUAAACAAUUGUUAAAACAUGAGUUUUUGACGGGGAGGAGUGAGUUGAGGACACUCACGCCAUUGAUUAAAGCCGCCAAAAAGAUUUUACAUAAGGCGUGAGUGAGGGGUGUGACUGAUGAUGAUGGGCGUUUGUAUUUAGGGCGGGCGGGGCGAGGGUUGAGGUGGGGGACGAAUGGCUGUGAACGAGCAAUUGUCAAAAGCAUUUUUGACACAUUCCAAGAAAAAGAUAAACUACUUAAAAACUAGUUUCGUCUCUUUUACCGAAUUAAAAUUUGAUUGAAUGACACCUUGUAUACAGGGCGUUUCAUAUAAAAAAAUUAUUGUGAUUAAAACAGUAAAAUGUUGGAUCUACUUGGCUUUUCAAGAAACUUUUUUUUUAGUUUUUUUAGGACACUAAUUAUAAUUAAAAAAAUAUCUUAUACAAACUUUCAGAAAUAAUUUCUAGUUGCAGUGCUACCAACAGAAACUUGAGUCAUAAUUGUUGCAUCAAGCGAAACUAAAGUUAGUUUUUAAAUAUUGUUGGGACAUAUGUAUAAAAUUUAAUCAAAAACUUUUAAAUUCACGAAAUUUGGUAGUUUUCAUGGUAAAUAAUCAUAGUUUUGCUUAUUGUUCACUGUUUUAUAAAAUACAGGGCAGUUUUUUAUGUAUACAAUUUAAUCACAGAUUUUAGGACACGCUGUAUAAAAAGCAUUAUAAUAAAAGAAAACAAAUUUUUGUCUACCGGUUGAUCAGAAAAAAUUCUCGUGAGUUGGCAACACUGAAUAUACAUUUCGUAAAGUUGACAGCUGACACUUCUUACGUCAAAUAACUGUCAGCACUGUUGUAAACCAUCGAAAAAAAUGUUCUUUUUUUCUUGAUCUUACAUAAUUUUUUGCCGAAAAAAAGUGUAAAAAAAAUAAAGACAAAUACCCUGUAUAGCUUUUUUAUUUACAACAUUAGAAAUACUUUAUUAUUUUAUAAAAAAUUUGACAUUUGUCACGUUUAAUGCUAUUAUUACAUAUAUUUUGUGUGCUUUUGUAUUAUAGUCCACCCUCUGUGUAUGCAAUAUACAGGGUGUUUUGACAAAACGCAUAUGACUGAACACUAGAUCCCCCAUUUCGUCGCCCCACCCUAUAUAUUGUUGUAAAUUACGAUAUUUUUAUAGUUCCUUAAGGGAAUAUUUACACAGCGGUCCAAAAAAUCGACAAUAAUUUUAUUGUAAUGUUUUUCUAUGUAUAGUUAUAUUUCUAUAUAAAUAAAUUAAUUCCAAGUGUC